AUGGGUGCCAAUCACACGCCACCCCAAGGGGAGGGCCACCUCCAGCAGAGGCUUUCUCUCGUGACAAUGAUGGCCAUUACCUGGAUUGCAUUAGCAGGUACCAUCGGCUUCGUCUUGCCCUCCGGCGGCUCUAUCUCACUCGUCUAUGGCUUCCUCUUUUGUGUUCUCUGCAACCUUGCCCUCACCGCUAGCCUUGGCGAGUUGGCUGCCUUGUGGCCAACAGCCGGAGGCCAGUAUCACUUCGUAUUUGCCCUGUGCACAGAGAGGUGGAAGCGUGUCAUGAGCUUCUGGGUCGGCUGGACGAACAUUGGGGGCUGGCUGACCAUUGUUACGGCUCAAGGGUUCUUUGGAGCCCAAUUCGUCUCCGCCGCUGCUGUCGUGGCUUCAAAUGGCACUUUCGAGCUGCGGCAGUGGACGACUUACCUCAUAUUUCUAGCGAUACUCACCUUUGCAACCGCCGUGAACAUCUGGGGCAACAGAAUGCUUGGCCGAUGGAAUGAUGCCGCAUUGUACUGGUCCCUUCUAGGUGUUGUCAUCAUUAGCAUCGUUCUUCUAUCAAUGUCCGACAAGACUGAACCCAGCUUUGUCUUCGCCAACUUUCAAAACGCAACAGGAUGGCCAGAUGGCGUGUCUUGGCUGUUGGGCCUGACACAAUCUGCUCUCUCCUUGAUCGGCUUCGAUGUAGUUAUGCACAUGGCUGAAGAGAUGCCAAACCCUUCAACCGAUGUCCCUCGUGCUAUGAUCUACUCCAUCAUCAUUGGUGGAACCUCGGGAAUUGCCUUCAUCCUGGUUAUGCUGUUUUGUUUCGUCGACCCGGCUACCGUGUUGGGGACUUCCACCGGAAUGCCCAUAGUCGAGCUCAUCCUCCAAGCGACCAACUCCCGGGCAGCAGCCACUAUCCUGGCGCUCAUGCUCACUAUAUGCUUCAUCAAUGGUACAAUUGGAAGCGUGGCCAGUGCUAGUAGGCUCGUGUACGCGAUGGCUAGAGACGAAGGCCUCCCUAGGCAUAGUUUCUUUUCGCACAUCGACCCGAAGCUGAAUGUACCCAUUCGGACCAUUGUUCUCUGCUACUUGUUCAACGUAGCAUUCGGUCUCUUAUACCUCGGACCCAGUGUCGCUUUUAAUGCGUAUACUGCUGCUUGCACCAUCUUUCUCAACAUCUCUUACUCAUUUCCCAUUAUUGUCUUGCUCGUCAGAGGCAGGGAUGUCCUGAAGCAGCACCAGAGCGUCGGAGUGCCGUUCAAGCUUGGCAAAUGGGGCUAUUUCUUGAAUUGGACAGCAGCCCUCUACGUGGUUAUCAUCUCCAUUUUCUACUGCUUCCCCCCUGGCUUCCCGGUCUCUCCAAAUACCAUGAAUUAUGUUUCAGCCGUGCUUGGGAUCUUCUUCACCUUUGUUGCCAUAUAUUGGUUCAUGUAUGGAAACACGUUCAAAGGUCCGACAUUUGAUAUCAUUAUCGCAGAACAUCUGCAUGUUGGUACCUCCACGGGAACUUGUUCCGCCGACCAACGCAAACAGGAAGUGUAG